AUGUUUUCACUAUUUCAGGAUAAGGAGUUGUGCCUGUCGAUAUCGUUCUCGCUGCAGUACCUCCACCUCGCCGCGAUCCUCUGGCUGUCCUCGCUCUGUGUCGAGUCCCAGGUGGUGAAGAGGGAGACCGCCCCGCAGCCUCACAAGAUGUGCUUCAAAUUUUUGUUUUCCUGCUUCGUUUGCUGGGGUUUGCCGGCGCUCGCGGUGUCGGCAGCAUAUGCAGUUACAGACACCGACCAUCUCAGUCAUAUGUACAAGGUCAACUGUUGGUUCUCCGAAAAUAAAAUUUAUCUCCUGACGUAUAGUUUCCCUGCUCUUUCCUUGCUAUCAGGAUCUGCUUGUGCAUUGAUUAGGUCCAGGGUGUCACUUGAAUAUAGGCUGCGAAUGGAGGCAGAUAUAAAGUCUAGAACAAGAAUGUCAACAUCAGGUCGACUGGAGCUUUCACUUUAUGCUAGAUUCGUUGCCCUUCUCACUAUUUUGGAUAUCUGUGGAGCCCUUCACAUGGCUACAAAUGCAUAUUUCUUCUGGGUUGCUUACAAUGUACUUCAUGCGAUUCAGGGUGUUCUUAUGGCACUGUCAGCUACUUGCAAUUCACAGGUAUGUAUUGACACUAAUCUCACAAAUUAUGUAUUCAUUUGCGUACAUUGGGUAUAUAUACAUUUAAAUAGAACUUCAAGAAUCGCUUAA